GUUCGACCGACGGCGACGACGACGACUUCGACCGCGGUCCGACGACACGACUCGUUUUCUACGACGACCGUGGUGUGUAGUGGGUAUUAUAGUAGGCACGUCUUGCGCCAUUCCGUCGUCUACACAUGGACGUGUCACACGUGUAGUUUGUGCCCGCGCUGCACACCGUUACGAUUCGACGAGCGCGCGCUAUAUCGUUUUUUUUUUUUAUCGACAUAAAUAAAAAAUUAUUUUACGACAGAAAAUUCGUCGUCGUGCGAUACUACAAUACAACACCAUCAUCGUUUGUAUAUAAUAUUAAAAAAAAAAUAUAUAUUUUUUUUUCAAUUUUUUCUCUGUGCUCGUCUGGCAGUUGUUGUGUGCGGGAGGCUGUUCCAAAAGUGCUGCGGCAAUAAACGCUGUCCGCUGAUUUCGUCGCGUGUUCGCAUUUCCACAUAAAAUAAGCUGUGUAUUUAAUAACAAUAAUAUAAUAAUAAUAUUAUAUAAUCUACUACGAUCCCGCCCGGAGCAACGCCGCGCGCCCGACGUCGGAAAUAUUGUGUACAAUUUUUUUAAUUUUUUAAAAAUAGAAAAACCGCGCGGCACAUGCGCCACUAGUUCUAUUAUUGUACGAACGCAGGUCGAAUUACUCGUGCUCGUGCUGUGGCGGGAGGGCGACCGUGGAAUUCAACACGGCGACGGCAUAAUCGUUCGUAUCUUCACCGCAGUGGCAACAGCAUACCGCCGGUGUCCCGCCGUUAUCAGUGCCGCGGCCGUUGUUAUCAGUGACGUUUGUUUUCUUUAUUUUUGUUAAAUUUUUUUAUUAUUAUUGCUCCCGUUUAACCGUACUCCGAAGUAGUCGUUCGUCCCUUCCGUUCCGACAAAAAGAAGAUCGUAAGUAGAUCAUAUUGUACCCGCCGUUUGUCGCGGUCGGCCGGUGCUGACCGUGUCGCGUGUGCGUGCAGUGCGUGGAUGACCAGUCGUAGGCGGUCAAGUGCAUGAGGUGGACAGCGAUGGACAGUGCGUCUGGCGGUGGCGGCCGCGACAAUAGAUUCGGCAUGGGUUACGCGUCGAACAUGUCGCUGUUGGACCCGUCGGACAUUUACAACAAUGGCGUUGGUGGCCAACAACAACGGCCAUCCACGUCGCGCACACCACCCAUGAUGGGAUGCGGUCCUGGAGGUCCUGUACACCAGCGUGGCAUCAAGCGAACACUGGGCCCUGGCACUAACAUGUGCUAUGAACCAACCGACCACCAUCGGUUGGUUGACGACAACUUUUCGCCACCUUCCGUCAAGGAUGUUUCACCUUCGAAUGGCAAGAAGACCAAGGGCCGUGUAAAAAUCAAAAUGGAAUACAUUGAGAAUAAGUUGCGCAGAUACACAACAUUCUCCAAGAGGAAAACUGGCAUCAUGAAGAAGGCAUAUGAGUUGUCAACACUAACAGGCACUCAAGUGAUGCUAUUAGUAGCAUCUGAAACAGGGCAUGUGUAUACGUUUGCCACACGCAAGUUACAGCCGAUGAUUACUUCUGAAGCUGGCAAAGCGCUUAUACAAACAUGCUUAAAUUCACCAGACCCGUGCCCGUCUUCAUCAGGUGCAAACUCAGGAGACCAACGCAUGUCAGCAACUGGAUUCGAGGAGACCGACCUGUCAUACAACAUUGGUGACGACCACGAUUCCAAAGAAACCGACGGGAUGAGUUCUAGAGCGUCGGACAGCGGCGCAGAGUCUAGCGGAUCGGAAUCACCGCCCCCCGCAACAGCCGGUCCAGCCACGCGGUCACCACCGUCGCCGUCGCCGCCGACGUCCUCCUCGGCAGCAGCAGCAGCAGCAGCAGCAGCAGCCGCCGCGUCUCCCGGGAUUUUCAGAUUGACGUCGAGUAACGCGGAGUUGGUGUACUCGAACCUAGCAGCCAUGGUCAAUUCGUCCGGCGCUUCCGGUCCACAGCAACAGGCGGCCGUACUGUUCCGGUUGGGGCAGCUAGGUCGGCAGCUCCAGGCGUCCGGACAACAACCGUUCAUACUACCGAUGCCGAAUCCGCCAGCGGCUCACCAGACGCCCGCCGAUCUCAGCAGCAAAUCGUCGCGGAACAAAUCGGAACUCUGAAGUCCUUUUGCAUGGUGCCGGCGUCCAUGUAAAGUCCAAAGUACAUGAAAUAUAAUAUAUUGAUAUGCAAAAUAUAAACAUGAUGUGCACGCCCGCCGAUAGUGUCUUACAUAUUAUAAUGUUUUUUUAAUUAUUAUUGCAAUAUGUUGUAUGGAUUUUCC